AUGUCUGAAUCGGUGAAGUUGGAGAGUCUUUUAGGGAUGUUGACUAUCAAAUUGAAUGAUGAUAAUUUCAUCAAAUGGAACUUUCAGUUGUGUUCUGUACUUCGUGGGUAUGAUUUGUUUGAUCACUUCACUGGUGAUUCUGUUUGCCCUCCUAAAUAUGUUUUGACUCCUGAGUUAGGUGUUACCAAGGAAAUUAAUACUGCCCACAGAGAUUGGAUUAAGGCCGAUAUGGCUUUGUUAAGUCUUCUCAUUGCUACCCUUAGUGAUGAUGCUAUGAAGCAUGUAGUUGGUUCUAAAACUUCUCAUGAGGCUUGGGUUGCAUUACAAGACAGAUAUAUGGCUGUUUCUAGUGCUAGUAUUAAUCAUUUGAAGGCUGAGUUGCACACUAUUCAGAAAGGUGGUGAUAGUGUAGACAAGUUUUUGUUGCGGUUGAAGGUCAUUAAAGAUAAACUUGUUGCUGCUGGUGAGCAAGUCUCAGAUCAUGAUAUUGUUAUAGCGGCGUUGACUGGUCUUCCACCUGAUUUUGACAUGAUUCGAACAGUCAUUCUAGCAAGAGACACACCAAUCACACUGAAGGAAUUUCAGGCACAAUUGUUAGGGGCUGAAAAGAAUCUUGAGACUCGGAUGCAGUCUCUUGUUCAUACUAUGGCUGCAAUUUCUUCUAGUGCUUCAGCGUCUGCAGUUCAGUUUCCUCAACCUUAUGGAUAUGGUUUUGUAGCUCCUGGUUCUUCCAAUGUUGGGUUUUCUCAGUCUCCUAGUUUCUCACAACCUACUGGUUUUUCUCAGCAAGUCUAA